CGGUAGUAACGAUGCCAGUUCUUCGCAAGCGAGUUGGGCUCGAGCGUCGCGAGAGUGAGAGAAGCUAACAACAGCCUGGCUCAUCCUGUAGUGUCUAGUGUAACGAAAUGACGGGCUCGUGGCUGAGACCCGCGUUCUUCGUGGGCCUCUUCCUGAGCUUCCUAGCCAUUGACUUGCGGGGAGUGCAAUGCGAAGAAGAGUUAGAAUCGAUACCACCGGAAGACCUUUGCCGGCCUUACAUCGAGAAGGCACUCAAGGAUCUCGGCACAGGAUCUUUGGAGCAGACCAGUGCAGAGGCCGAUAAUGUCAACGACGAGGAGGGACGCGAAGAAGAAGGGUCGGCUAUCAGUGAGGAGGCCGACCAAUCGACAGAGGAGGAUAAGGACGUAGAUCGAUUGGAGGACGAAACCGAUGGCACCGAGGAGACGGAAGAUUCAUCUGGAAAGACCGAUGAGGUCGGCAUAGAAGAGACAAAAGGUGCGGAUAUUUUGGAGGAAGCCGAGGAUGAAUCGAACAAAGUCUCUGACGAGGACGAUCAAACGGACGAAAUAAUAGACGAGGAGACAAAAGGAGACAAGAGCGAGGAAAAGGAUGAAGUGGUAGGAGAGGGCGAAGGGGAAGAGGAGGAAUCCGUUGAACCGAGAGAGGAAGAUCGAUCCGAAGAAAAAACGGCUAUCGAGGAAGAAGAGCAAAGGUCUGCCGAAGUAGAGGCGAUUCGAUCGGACGAUGACGAUUCGAUCGAGGCCGCCACCAAGUCAUCCGAAGAAGCUCAUGCGAAGACCGACGACGAUAUAGACGAGGAAGAAGUCCACCGUACGGGCGAUGGAACUGCGUCGUCUCUUGGGGAAAAUGAGAACGAAGGAAAGGAGGAUAGUGCCGAUAAGGUCGGAGAAGGGGAAGAGGAGGAGGAGGAGGAGGAAAGACCGGACGAUCAAGAGGCCGAUGCCAAGGAGGAAGGUUCUUUGGAAAAUGAAAAGUCGGACGAAGUCGAGACCGACCGAGACGAGACCGAGAUCGGCGAAUUAUCGAAAGAAGCGAGCGAGGAAGCGAGCGAUUACGAGGGAAAGGUUCAGAGUGUAGAAGAAGAAGAAAAUGCAAGCGAAGAGGAAGGCAGUAAAGAGAAGGACGAGAGCACGUUAGAGACGACGAUUAUAUCCGACGAAGAAACGUUGGAAAAAGAAGAAGAGAAAAGUACGAAACGGCAAGAGGAAGAGGGGCAGGGGGAAGGAGAAGAAGGAACGAAAGAGAAGGAAGAGACAGUCUUGUCUCGUAGCAGACGAGAAGCUUAUGACGAAAGCGAGGAAAAAAGACCGUUAGAAAUUCCCCAAGAAGAUAAAAGCGAAGAGGACGAGGAAGUUGAAAGUGAAGAAGAACCGAGCCCCGAGGAGGAUUUGAUUCGAGAAAUACAAGUGCCGGAAAAUCUUCGACCGCGCGAUCACAUCAACCAAUUGUUAAAAUUAGACGAGGAAAAUGAAGAAAAGGAGCGUGCCAUACAGAAAGUUUCCGACGUUGUCUUGAGAGACUUGAAGAAGCUCUACGAUAACGCGAUUCAACCUUUGGAAACGCUCUACAAGUAUAGAGAUCUCAGUAACAGACACUUUGGAGAUCCCGAGAUAUUUUCUAAACCGUUGGUACUCUUCAUGGGUCCUUGGAGCGGUGGCAAAUCUUCCAUCAUCAAUUAUUUAUUGGACAUAGAGUAUACGUCGAUCGCAUUGCGGACAGGAGCUGAACCCUCUCCCGCCUAUUUCAACAUCCUAAUGUAUGGCGAGGAGGAAGAGGUUCUAGAUGGUACGCAAUUGGCCGCCGAUUGGACUUUUUCUGGAUUACAAAAGUUUGGCCAAGGGAUGUUGGAUCGUCUUAGAGGGCUGCGCUUCGAUAACAAGUUACUCGAAAAGGUCAAUAUCGUCGAGAUACCUGGCAUAUUGGAGAUACGCAAACAAGUUCAAAGAUUGUUUCCGUUUAACGACGCGUGCCAAUGGUUCAUCGACAGAGCGGACAUUAUUUUCCUAGUCUACGAUCCGUCGAAAUUAGACGUUGGACCCGAAACAGAAGCGAUUUUGGAUCAACUCAAAGGCCGUGAAUAUCAAACACGAAUUAUUCUCAAUAAAGCUGAUCAAGUCAAACCGGAAGAACUUAUGAGAGUCCAAGGUGCACUCAUUUGGAAUAUAUCUCCGUUAAUGUCUAGCGCUGAACCGCCGAUAAUGUAUUCCACUUCCCUAUGGUCUUUACCUUACGAAACUGGCGCACCGACCAGGCUAUUGUACGCGCAAGAGCGCGCUUUCCUUCGAGAUUUGCGUUCUGCCAUUGACAAAAGGGUUGAACAUAAAAUAGCCAGCGCUAGGAGAUUUGCUGUUCGCGUAAGAAAUCAUGCAAAGAUGGUAGAUUGCUACUUAACGACAUAUUACAAUCAUAAAACCUUUUUCGGUAAUAAGAAAGAGAUUAGUGACAAGAUCGUUGAAAAUCCUCAAGAUUAUCAUAUUUACGAAGGCUUGAGUACUCUUACCAAUAUAUCACGUUAUGAUCUUCCCGAUCCAGACGUUUAUCGGGAUUUCUUUCGAUUAAAUCCUUUAUAUGACUUUCAGCUUUUAAGUUCAACUUGCACUUAUUUCCGCGGUUGUCCUAUAAAUAGACUUGACGUUGCUAUUGCAUAUGAUCUGCCAGAACUCGUUGGAAAAUAUAAGAAAUCUGUAGAAGUGGUGAUGCAUGAGAAUGAGGCUAGUAGCCCAUCCAGUUGAGUACAAAUGCACCUUCUAAAUGAAAUUCUUUCUACCAUGUAGAGUACAGAAUAAUGGCUUAUUUUCCUUUUACUCUACGUCCGAAUAGAUAAAAUGAUAAAUUAAGAUGAUUGUGCACAAAUACAGUAUUUUUCACAACGACAGGAGAAAUCUGCUCCCAUAAUUAUGAAUUUAACGACCUACUGCUACAAUUUAUUGGGAGUAGACUGUGCUCGGGCAUUGUGCUGGGAUAGAAUUACAUACGAUCGAAAUGCACAUCACUGUACAUUCUCUAUAAAGAAGAUGAAUAACGAGAGAAAGAGAGAGAGAGAGAGAGAACGUAUGAACGAACGAACGAGAGAGAGAGAGAGAGAGAGAGAGAGAGAGAGAGAGAGAGAGAGAGAGAGAAAGAGAUAUUUUAAGCAAGCGUCGAUGCUGCAAACAAAUGUGUUUUAAAAGCCACAAGAUUCAUAAUUUAUGAAGACAACUUAUGAUUAUCCCAACAUGUUUUUCAUUUCGAUUUGUUUAGAGCGAUCUCAGCAGUUAAAUUACUAACUUGCAAAUAUCUCAAACAAUCUCCUCUUUUAAAAUUAUGCUUGCACCUGGAAGAUAAUGCGAGUGUUAUCAUUCCGACAUAAGAUGAACAGUAAAAGUUUUCCUUCAAUGUGUUCUAACAUUAAAUUAUCCAUCAUCAGAUUAGCAGAUGCACAUUUCAUAAUUUCAACAAAUGUCCUAUUAACAAUUUGAAACAAGUAUAUAUACGUAGUGAAUUGAACAAAAAAGGCAGACAACUUAACUUAAGAGAAAAUAGAAUACACGGUGAACUGUACGCAUUAAAAAAAAAUGAUACUAAACUAUGAGCAAUCUAUCUACUAAAACUUGUUCAUAAUACUUAGUAAAGAGUAUAAUUACAAAUAAUAUUUCCAUUGUAAAAAAGUAAAGAGAGAGAGAGAGAGCGAGAGAGAGAGAGAGAGAGAGAGAGAGAGAGAGAGAGAGAGAGAAAGCAAAAAUCCAAUGUCUGCAAUUAAAAGCAAAAGAUAGCAUGUUACAUUUCCA